GUCAUAGCAGCGCAUCCCUUGCACGGGGGAAGUGAAGCAGGUGAUCGAAAAGAUAUUCAUGGGGCUUGUUCAGUAGCGCAGGUGAGGAUCAUGAAGUUCCUUCUCGUAAUUGUGUUUUUAUAUUUGCGGCUGGUGCUGGCAUCGAGAGAUAAACAUGGCUCUGAUAUUACGCUGUGGAUUGAUGAAAAACAGGUCAAAGAAUUUAGCGGUUUUCCAAUGGAGAUCUUUGCCAUUGUGGAUGGAGUUGUAUUGCCGUACAUCUUAGACCCCAACUUCGAAAACUACUUACCUGUCAUUCCAGCAGAAGUCGAAAGCGUGAAUUUCACGUGGCGGUCUGGAGAUCAAAAGUAUUACUACGAUUUCGAUCAACUGAAAUCCUUUAAUGAAAGUAUCCUUCGAGACCCUGUAGUAUCUAUUGAAACUCGAGGAAAAGUACCGAGGAAGCCUAGAGUUUUUCAGGUGUUCAUAACAUGCCGUGGAAACCAGAGCGGAGUGGGAUCAUUUGGUAUCGGCUUGAGGAUACAGAACGACAGGGGACUCUUUUUACCAGGAACGCCAUUAAGGCUUCGAUUACAGAAGCAGUGCGCCGAUCAUGGUCCUGAUCCGGAAUGUGACAAGAAAUGUGCCAACGGAGGCAGAUGUAAUCAGCAUCGAAUUUGUGAAUGCCCGAAAGGUUAUAUGGGGAAAUAUUGUCAUUCGGCCCUGUGUUAUCCACAAUGUAUGAAUGGAGGCACUUGCGUUUCACCUGGAUUAUGCGCUUGCAGCGAUGGCUACCAAGGACCUCAUUGUGAAGGCGGAAUGUGCCUUGAAAAAUGCUUAAAUGGCGGUAAAUGUAUAAAUAAAGACACUUGCGAGUGUAGAAGAGGAUAUUAUGGACUUCGAUGUGAAUACAGUAAAUGUAGUGCUGUUCCAUGUCUAAACGGAGGUCGUUGUGUCGGAAUAAAUAAAUGCCGGUGUAAGAAGGGAUACGUUGGUGCUCAAUGUGAAGGACUGCUUGACAGACCAAGUCUUGAAAAACAUGGUUCCAGAAAGUUGCAAGAAGAAAUGUGCUCACGGAGUUUGCCACAACAAGCGAUGCGUCUGUGACAAAGGCUGGUUCGGCAACAGGUGCAAUAGGCGAAGGCCAAAAAGAAGGCGGCAAAGAAAGCUUUUACAUUAAACAUUAAUUCUAAUACACUGGAUUCAUCAACUAACUGCAUUACAAGGCAUCGCAUGGUGGUGUUACAAGCAAAAGGCGUUCAACUGAAUUUUCAAAGUGGGAAGGCUUUGCCACUUAAAAAUGUGCCAAAUCUGCUCAUCAAGUUUCACAGUGAUGAAUAAUAUGCUGAAUUUGAUAUGCUAUUGCCGAAUUCAUUGUUUAUGAUAUUAUUCCAAUAAGAUCAUAUGAUGCAUGUUCUCUGAGCGACAGCUUUCCGAAAAGCAAAAUUGGAUCAUUGUCACCCCCCUUUUGAACAUUUGUAUAUACAUAUAUUAUGACAAUUUCUCGCAGCAAGACUGUUUGGGACAUACUACUCUAAUGCGAGUUUUACAGAAAAGUAUGAAUUUUAAUUACAUCCUUUAUAUACGUUUCAUGCAUAUAUGCGGGAAAAAAUGCUACUAAAAGCUGUUUUUCACUUU